AGUGGUUUGCAUUCAUAUAUUUGGUGCAUUCGUAAUUUUCUGUUUCAAUCUUUUGCGUUUAUUACAACGAAACGGUUGCAGUGGUUUACAUUCAUAUUUUUGGUGCAUUCGUAAUUUUCUGAUUCAAUCUUUUGCAUUUAUUAUAAUGGCAUCUGAAAGUUCCGAAAUUCCUUCCAUUGAUGGAAUUUAUACAUCUGAAGAAACUGGUAGUGAUGAAAAUGGUAAAGGUACACAAGACAACCCCUAUAAAACAAUUUUGCAGGCUAUGCGUCAUGCAAAGGUUGAACCAUUUCCCACAAUAUAUGUAGAUAGUAAAGAUACAAAAGCUGAAAGCCCAUAUGAAGUUGCUGCCAAAUCGCAGCUGAAGAAAAUCCAGAAGAUCUUUGCACGCGAAGGUUAUAAGAAUGCCGACAAACAACAACGUGAAGUCGAAGAUGCUGAAAAGCGAAUGCAAAACUUGGAAGAUGCACGCAAAAUUAAAAUCGAGGAGGAUCCAAGCCUACCCGCUGCACGUAGAAUACGCAUAAGUCACGGUGAGGAAUAUCGUGGUGAACGUAUUAAGAUUUAUGGAUGGGUUCAUCGUUUGCGUCGUCAGGGAAAGGGUUUAAUUUUCAUAACCCUAAGAGAUGGCACAGGAUUUUUGCAGUGCGUACUCACUAAUCGGAUAUGUCAAACUUAUGAAGCACUUGUGUUAAGUACUGAGAGUUCAGUGCUCCUUUAUGGUGUAUUGAAGCCGGUACCUGAUGGCCAAAUGGCACCAGGUGGUCAUGAAUUGCAUGUAGAUUAUUGGGAAUUAAUUGGUUUGGCACCAGCAGGUGGGGCUGAAAAUAUUCUUAAUGAGGAAGCACAUCCUGACGUUCAACUGGACAAUCGCCAUAUUAUGAUACGUGGUGAAAAUACUUCAAAGAUCUUGAAAAUAAGAUCAGUUGUUAUUCAAGCUUUCCGUUCACACUUCUUUGAUCGAGGUUAUAAUGAAGUCAAUCCACCAACUUUGGUACAGACACAGGUCGAAGGAGGGUCAACACUUUUCAAAUUGCAAUAUUUUGGCGAAGAGGCCUAUCUAACUCAAAGUUCUCAGCUGUAUUUGGAGACUUGUCUGCCAGCACUUGGCGAUGUAUUCACUGUUGCCCAGAGUUAUCGCGCAGAACAAAGUAGAACGCGUCGUCAUUUGGCCGAAUAUACACACAUAGAAGCCGAAAGUCCAUUUAUCACCUUUGAUGAUCUGUUAGACCGUUUGGAGGAUUUAGUGUGCGAUGUGGUUGAUCGUAUUUUAAAAUCACCGUGGGGCUCCAUCGUUCGUGAACUUAACCCUGAAUUUAAACCGCCCAAGAAACCUUUCCGGCGCAUGAAUUAUGCUGAUGCCAUCAAAUGGUUAAAGGAGAACAACGUAACUAAGGACGAUGGCACAUUCUACGAAUAUGGCGAGGAUAUACCAGAGGCGCCCGAGCGUAAAAUGACUGAUACCAUAAAUGAACCAAUUAUGUUAUGUCGCUUUCCACUUGCUAUAAAAUCUUUCUAUAUGGCAAGAUGUCCCGAAGAUAGCAACUUAACGGAGAGUGUUGACGUACUUUUACCGAAUGUUGGCGAAAUUGUUGGCGGUUCCAUGAGGAUUUAUAACUAUGAGGAGCUAACUCUGCCGAUACAACAACAACAACAGCCAGAUGGACGUGGCUAA